AUGUCCGCACUGCCCGCUCUCAGCGUCCUCAACGCACUCUGCGGUGUCUCCGCGAUAUGGGUGCUGUCGAAGGCAAUCCAGCUUCUGCGCCGGCGCGCACGCAGCACGCCGCUCGCGGGGCCGCCGAACCCGAGCUUCCUGCUUGGCGCAAGCAGAUUCAUCGUGAAAUCGCCAGAUGCGGGAGAACUGUACGAGGAGUGGUCUGAGAAGUACGGUGCUGUGUUUCGCAUUCCUGCUACUUUGGGACUCUCUCGCAUUGCGCUAUGCGACCCGAAGGCCGUCUUGCAUUUCUAUUCGCGGGAGACGUAUGGAUAUGCGCACAGCACCAUGGCCAAGAGGGCGAUCGAGAACCUGGUCGGCAGAGGCGUGCUAUGGGCCGAAGGAGACAGUCACAAGAGGCAGAGAAAAGCGUUGACUCCCGCCUUCAGCAACGCGGCCAUCAGGAGGAUGACUUCCGUCUUCUAUGACUCGGCGUACAAGGUCAAGACAGCAUGGGACAGCCUUCUAGAGUCGGAGCCAGGAGGUGAUGCUGUGAUCGACGUACAAGGCUGGAUGAACCAUGUAUCGUUGGACACCAUCGGCAUAGCAGGCUUCUCGCAUGACUUUGGCACGCUGCAGGGCAAGCACUCAACAGUCGCCAACACAUUUGAUGCCUUUGGCACGCUCAAGCCGAGUCUCCUGGGUGGAAUGCAGUUCGCCAUAGGCAUGGUCUUCCCAUGGGUGCUCAAGAUACCCACCGGAUUCCGGCGGCUCGUCAACAAACUUAAUGAAAACAUGGGUGAGAUCGCCCAGGAGCUGUUGGAGAACACGCGGAAGGAGAGCGAGGGCGAGAGCAAGGCGGAAGAGAAGUCUAUCAUUGGGCUUCUGAUCAAGGCUGAGAAGAGCGACUCGGAGUUGCAAAUGUCGGAGGACGAGGUGUUGGCACAGAUGAAAGUUCUCAUCCUGGCUGGCUACGAGACUACAUCAAUCAGCUUAACGUGGUGUCUCUUGGAGCUCUGCAAAAAGCCCGAGAUUCAGCAGAAAUUGCGCGAGGAGCUAUCCCAGUUCUCCGGCAGCGAUCCGACCUGGGAUCAAUUCACCAAUGGGCUGCCGUACGUUGAUGCCGUCGUACACGAGACAUUGCGACUCCACCCGCCUUUGGGCGAGACCACGCGCGUGGCAACCGAAGACGACAUCAUCCCGCUCUCCUCGCCCGUGCGCACACCGAAUGGCACGCUCGUCGACAGCAUCGCCGUCCCGAAGGGCCAGCUCGUCACGGUGCCCAUCCACAUGAUGAACAAGUGCGCGCGGUUCUGGGGCGCGGACGCGAAGGCGUUCAGACCCGAGCGCUGGCUGGACGAGGACGGGAUUCCGAAGCGCGCGCAGGAGAUCCAGGGGCACCGGCACCUGCUCACGUUCGUGGACGGCCCGAGGACGUGCCUUGGGCGGCACUUUGCGCUCGCUGAGUUCAAGGCUGUACUGUCUGUGCUUAUCCGGAACUACGCGUUUGAACUGAGAGAUGGGCCGGACACGAAGACGGAGGUGAAACGGGGGAUCUUGCCUAGGCCGAGUAUUGUAGGAGAAGAGGGCGCGCGAUUGCCCCUCAGGGUCAGGCGGCUGGACUGA